UUUUCUCCCUCCCUCUCGCUUUGUACAAAACUAUUUAGGACAGGAAUGGUUUCUGACUAGGGUGCUCAAAGGCAGUUGGUCCAGUGGAUACCAUCCGGGGGUUGGAAAGCAUAGGAAGGAUGACAGAGGAAGGGAGAAAGAACAGCACGGUUUCGCCAUGCGCGGCAUGCAAGCUCUUGCGGCGACGGUGCACACAGGAGUGCGUCUUUGCUCCAUACUUCCCAGCCGACGAGCCGCACAAGUUCGCCAUCGUGCACAGGGUAUUUGGAGCUAGCAAUGUCAGCAAGCUCUUGCAGAUUGCAGUGCAGCACCGAGGGGAUGCAGUGAGCAGCCUGGUGUACGAGGCCAACGCCCGGGUGCGAGAUCCGGUGUACGGGUGCGUCGCCGCCAUCUCCUCCCUCCAUCGCCAGAUCCAGGCGCUCCAGGCUCAGCUGGCCGUCGCCCACGCGCAGAUGGCGCACCUGCGCACGCAGAACGCCGCCUGCCUCGACCGCGUCGGCCUCGGCCACGGCCAGAUCUCCAUGGGCGGCACAGGUUGCAGCACCAGCACAGGCUCCUCGUCAUCCCUGUCGCCCAAGCACCAUACCCUGGACACGGUGGCGCUGGACCAGCCUGGCUCCAGUCAGCCACCAGUUUGGUGAUAGCAGCCAUACAACACCGGUGUUCUCCUCUUGUGAAUAGGAUUUUAUGCCGAUGCAGCAGUCUACUAUAUUUCAUGAUCAUGUCUGCAUAUUGUUCCUCCUUCGUUGUAACCAUUUUAAGAACAUGCGACUCGGUAUUCCAUUAUACUAUGGUGUAAUAAAGCAGCAGAUAUCUUUAUCA